AUGGUUGAAAACCCCGAAGCUCAAGAACCGUUUUUGUCGGAGAAGCGUGAGGGCACAGAAUGGCAUGUAGUCCUCAAUCCCGAUGUGCAACGUGUGCUAGAUGUGGACCUUAUCUAUCAUCUCAAACACGAUAGUGUGGUCAGCUGUGUUCGGUUCAGUGAAGAUGGCAAAUAUCUUGUGACAGGUGGCAAUGGCUUUGCACAAAUCUUCGAUAUGAUCACAGGCUCAAAUGUGGCAACCUUCCAUGGUUGUUAUUCCCGCAGCGUCUGCUUUAGCCAUGAUGGUGAAUAUCUAGCUACUGGAGCAGAUGACAGGCUGAUUAGAAUCUGGGAUAUUGCCUCAUGUACUAUCAAAAGUAUUUUUGAUAGCCACGAGCAGGGUAUCUUUUCUCUGGAUAUCUCUAAAAACGGUCAGUAUCUUGUCUCUGGUGGUGCCGAUAAGACUGUUUAUCUAUGGGAUAUCUUGAGUGAGAAACCAGUUCAUAAGCUUCACAGUGAGGAUUUAGUUACAACUGUAUCUAUAUCUCCAGACGGCCACUAUCUUGCUGCUGGAUCACUGAGUAAGAUUAUUCGCAUCUGGGAUACUAGUACUGGUGAGCUGUUAGAGCAAUUGGAGAACCCUGGUGGCCAUGGAGACAGCGUGUACUCAGUUGCUUUCGCACAUAACAGUCACGAUCUAGUCAGCGGUAGUCUAGAUAAGACUAUAAAGCUGUGGGAGUUAGCUGCUCCACGGGGAGUGGAUUCUUAUAGUGCCAAGGGAAAAUGCGUCCGAACAUUCAAGGGCCACGAGGACAUUGUCCUCAGCAUAUGCUUGACUCCCGAUAAUCAAUGGAUAAUCAGUGGACUGCAGCGUGUGUUUUUGGGACCUGGCAACUGGAAAUGUCCAGAUGAUAUUGUAUGGUCACCAGAACUCCAGGUUGCUUUGCGGAUAGCAAAGCAAAACGCUUCAAACCCUGCCUGCCAAAUUUCUUUAGAGUGCGGAAUCGCCUGGCACCUGCUUCUCCUGGCCUUCUUCUGUCGCGACCCCAUAACACGAGAUGAAGCCGUGCAAAUGUUGAGAGAGUAUGCAUGCCAAGAUGGACUCUGGAGUAUACAGGCUCUCUAUACUUUGGCCCUCAAGAGCCAGACUGUAGAACGUAUAAACGCAGUCGAGGGAACAUCCACGGAGCAGUGGCGAAGACUAUGGCAUCGUGAGUACGUCUCUGAAGGUGGCAAUCGCGUUGUGUUUCGAUAUCAGGACAAAAAUGAAGCCACAGGAAAGUGGCAAAUUGUAGAGGAAGUUGCUGAGGUUGGAAGGAAUUCAGACGCUGUAGAUUGGGUGAGGCGACCUCUGACAGGUUUCGGCGCCCUGAUGAUGGGAGAUUUGGUUCCCCUUUGA